AUGGAAUCAAUCGUGUAUGAGAACUCGCCUUUGGCCGACUAUUUGGAAGGGGAGGGUGGAAACGAAGAGAGUUGGCCCGUUGAGGAGAACCGAAGCGACGAUGAUCAUACCCGCUCCUCCAACUUUGCCCCUCGAGGGGCUUCCAAGUUUCAGAAUCGCGUUCGAAACAAGCUACCGAAGCCUCUCAAUCUACGAGGCACACCGCAGGGGGAACUAAUCGGGAAACUAUAUGACACUUGCUCGUCCGCCCUGAAUGCCAGAUUAGCACGAAGCGACAAUGAACGAUUUUUGGAACAAUUUGGCUACGUUAUUGUCGCAUCGCAACUGUUGAAUGAACACAGCGCUCCUUCCUACACAUCCGCUGCAGAUGUCCUAUCUGCAAAACAACCCUCAGCUCUCCCGUCCCUAUCUACAACCUUUGGAAUUCAAGGCGCCAUUGUAACAGCCGCUACAUCCUUUUCUAUCGCUUGGUUAUUACAUUGGAGCCGUUCAAGGACGGGGUCAGGACUCAGUCUCAAGAAAGUUGGAGUGCUCCUGAUACUCGUGCCCGCUGUCGGUGUAUUGUUCUAUGCUUUCGCGAAACGGCAAUGGUUGAAAUAUCUCCGGCACCAGGCUGUUGAGGCAGCUGGCGCUUUCAUUGGAAACGCCCAGGGAUUUGACUCUGCUGCGUCAGCUUCCGUGGUCUUCAUUCAGGAGGUUGAACUUGUCUCAAGAGGUUAUCGGAUAAGCACUCCUCUUCCACCUAUCAGUCGGCUGGAGGAUCAAGUACAAACGCGACGAUGCUUGAGAUUGCGCCGAGCGGUCUCUGAAUGCUUUUACUCCAUGCUCGAGCGGUAUAUUCAAUCCCAGAACACAUUACGCCCACUUACCGAUGAAGGCGACCUGGCGAAAUAUUACGAUAUUUAUGACAUUGGACUGGAAGAACUCGAAGCGGUAGAGGCGUCCCUGUCGCAGCGAGCCAACGAAGACCAGUACUCAUUGCGUGCUCUGAGGGAUCUCUUUGGAAAGCUGUACAGUGUGAGAAAAAGCGUGCUGUGCUGCUUGCUAGCUCUCAGCGCCGAUGGCGGUGGCUCCGAUAUUGCUCGGUGGAGUUCUGCUGUCGAGGAAAUGCGCGAGCUCGCUGCGGUGACCGGCAAUAGCAUGCUGAAAAUGACAACAAUUUUAAAUGAAGAGGACCGUGAUACCAUUCCUCCAUCCCCAUUACCUUCCGCCUCACCAAGCAAGGACCACCUGCGUGCUCAGUUUAGACGGCUCAGCUCUUUGUCACAAGGGGUGCGUGCCUUGCAUGCUAAAAUGCACAUUGCCAGCGAGGAGUCACACGCCAAUCUAGAACGCGCAGACCCUGAUGAGUUCGAAGCCACCCUCCUUGCACAAUAUGACUCGGUCGGCAGUGAUCUUAGAGCUCUUCUCCAAGAGUGGGAAGCUGGUAAAGCCGCAUUGGCAAACCAACACGAUCGCCUUAGUGUCGGGGAUCGAUCGCGACCACCAAGCACUUUCUUGUUACCCAUGUCCCCCACCCCCAGCCUGGGAGGAUCUACGGCAGUCGAGGGCAGUCCAACUGAUGCGCUGAAAGCCUUAACUGGCGAGGGCCGGCCGGAUCUGACCCAGACCUAUGAUGACGAGGAAAUUUUCGAAGCUGUUGUACUCCCGGCCUCGAGAAACAAGAGGAUGUCUUUGACAAGAGACGAGCGUCUUGCACGUGUACGGGAAGACCGUGCAAGACAGGCGAUUGCCAGGGAAAAGGCAGAUGCCAGCACUAACAUGCUCAAGGAACUGGAAAUGGUCAUCAAGCAGCGACCAGGAAACAACUCUGCGAAACGAAAUCCCUCCAUUUUCGUCCGCGCCAUCCGGCACAGUUCACUAUCCUCGUCUCCCUACCACCUUUUCACUUCGGAAACACACGCUCUCCCCUCCUAUCUCCUUACAACCCAAUUUAAACAUACACCUACACACACAACCAUCAAGAUGCUCGAAGCACGAUUGGAACAGGCAAGCCUUCUGAAGCGCGUCGUCGACGCCAUCAAGGAUCUUGUCCAGGACUGCAACUUCGAUUGCAAUGACUCCGGAAUCGCCCUCCAGGCCAUGGACAACUCGCACGUUGCCCUAGUUUCCAUGCUGCUCCGCGCGGAGGGUUUCUCUCCCUACCGCUGCGACCGUAAUAUCGCCCUCGGCAUCAACCUGCUCUCCCUAACCAAGGUGCUCCGCGCCGCCCAGAAUGAAGACAUCCUGACCCUCAAGGCGGAGGACUCACCCGAUGCCGUCAACCUGAUGUUCGAGAGUGCAGAGACAGACCGUCUGAGCGAGUAUGACAUCAAGCUCAUGGAUAUUGACCAGGAGCACCUGGCGAUCCCUGAGACUGAGUACGCCGCCACCGUGGAGAUGCCUUCUUCUGAGUUCCAGCGCAUCUGCAGAGAUCUCAACGCGCUGUCCGAGUCAGUCGUUAUUGAGGCCAGCAAGGAGGGUGUCAAGUUCUCCUGCCAGGGUGAUAUCGGUAACGGAUCCGUCACCAUCCGCCAGCACACCAACGUCGACAAGCCCGACCAGAACGUCGUUAUCAACCUCUCCGAACCUGUCGCCCUGACCUUCUCCCUCAAGUACCUCGUCAACUUCUGCAAGGCUUCUAACCUGUCCUCAUCUGUCGUGCUGCACCUCUCUCAGGAAGUGCCGCUGCUUGUUGAGUACGGUCUGGGAAGUGGACACUUGCGGUUCUACCUCGCUCCUAAGAUCGGUGACGAAGAGUAA